GUACAAACAAGAAGCACGGCAGCUGCAAACCGAUACUGAGGCAAUUAAAUAUCGUGGGACUCUUGUUAUGAACUCCUCAUUCGCCUGUCGCUUUCCUGUAGUUAAGGACGUGUCCGCUGUUUGUGUUGCAUAUCGUAGUGAAUCCGAAGACGCACAGCAACAUCAACCACUGUGUACGUGAGAGUAUUAGAGCCUCGGCACGCGUGUGAAUGAUUUUGUGUAUCCUAUUUUAACAAAUGUGAGCAUAUAUUAAAAUUUGUGCACAAUCAAUUUAUUUGUGUGAAUUUAUUUUGAAAUAUUGAAGUGUUGCAAAAGGCAUAGUGAGUGUAUCUGCUAAUACAAAUCAUAAAAUAAGGCAAUGUCAGAAAAAUCUUCAGAAUAUUUAAAGCGAACUUGCCUUAUCUGCGGCUGCCACACAAAUCAAACCAUCAAUAUAUAUGAGCCGCGAAGUGGGCCAAAUAUUGUUGAACUUAUUCAAGCCAAAUUCAAAUUUCAGCCCUUAAACGAAGAUAAAUACCUUUGUUUUAGCUGCAAUAAUUGGUUAAUCAACUGGCACUCACUGCAGGCAUUGAACAGUAACGACGCGGAGAGCCCAUCCGGUACCUUUCGCCCUCAAAUGAAUAGUGUGUUACACAAGGAGAAACCGGAAAAUCAACGCCAACAAACACAUUCAAGUCAAUUUCAUUGGCAAACGAGUGCUCAACUUUGUCGACCUACAGCCAAAAUACGCCCUUGGAGCAUAACAGGGAAAACAUCCAAUCAAAUCGGCACGGAAGAAUUUAUAUUGCCAAAACACUUUCCUUUGCCAGUGCAAAACUUAUUUGUAAGAAAAAGUAAACGCAUCUUGAAAUAUCAACGGAAAUUUCGUAGUCGAAAAUUGCAUUAUGGGAGGCGCAAAUUACUAUUAAAAAAUUCAAGACUACGGCGUAAGUUCAUACAGUACAAAGGAACUUCUAACAGUUAUAUUUUUGACAAAUGCGACCAAUCAAAUAAGACUCCAGACUCAACGUCUCCUCAUUUUUUAUCAAUUCUAAAAUGUAAGAAGGAGAAAAAGUAUUUCACUUCUAACAGCAAAAAGUGCUCGUAUUUGAAAAAUGAGUAUAAGGAGAAAGCAAAACAAAAGCAAGAAUAUUGGCAAACAGAUGUACGUGUAUCUAAACAAAAAUCAAUUGAAAGCAAUAACAACGUUAUUAACGAUUUAAGUACACCCGCAAACGUAGAUAAUAAAAACAAACAGUUGUUAGGACGCCCUCUAGUAGAUGGCAAGGUGGUGUCAAUGUUACGACGACUUGGAACUACACUUUCUCAUGAGAACUUCAAUGAAAGCACAAAUACUUCAAAAAUUCUGUUUCCGCGAAUAAUGAGCCCUACAAAAUCAAAACCUCAAUGGACACGUCAGCUGGAUGAAGAUGAAAUUCUACUCGGUUUUGAUUCCGCAAUAUCGGAAGUGCUGCCACAGAUAAUCCAAGGACAGCAACAAAAUAUACACGACGAUAAAUGUAUGCCGGAAAUUAUGGCUGUGAUGCAGGCAAAACGAAAAUUGACGUAUCAAGUAUCAAUUGGUAAAGAUUGCAGUCAAUGUGUUAACCCUCUGUUACCUGAAGGCCUGAGUAUUUCAUUAGUUUAAGUGAAGCCAUUGCAUGUAUAAGAGAAAAUGACAAUGUGAGGAAACGGAAAACAUGUUUAUGUAAGCGUUUAUGUAAGAUUUCUGAGCAAACAUAUCGGUAGACUUGUGACAUACAAACUAUUGCGCAUAACUGGUUUUUUUGCAAAAAAUUUUGUUCUGGUCAAAUUUAUCUGUAAGGAUGUUGGUAUACGUGUGUAUAAAGUUCUAAUUACAAGUAAUUGUUAGUAAAAAUUAUUUUACGUUAAUUCUUCUUCAUCAUUCCAUUUAUUUUAAGGUACAUAUUUACAAAAAGAUAAAUUAUCCUGCUAUAAAUAAAACAUAUAUUGUGCUCUUAACACUUUAAACAAAUUCGCACGUACAUAUUUAGAAUAAAAAAAUUAUACGGAAGUUUUGUGUGUAUGUAAACUAUUUAGUUAGCAACAUUACAGUGGAAUGGAGCUUCAAAAACUCGCAAUUUCCCACUCGAUACUUUCCAUGUUCGACUUUUUUAUAGAUAAGAGUUUAUUAAGUAGAAAAACGUUACAAUAUUUAUGUUAUCGCACAAUUUACAGACUUUUUUCUAUCCUAAAAUUCUUCGUAAAGCUUUAGAGGUCAUUUUCUAAGCUUCUUGUUAAAAGUUGAUCUGCUCUUGAAAAACACUUUUUCUUCGUUUUCUAUUGUGUAUGGUUGCAUUUCGUCAUGAAUUUUUAUCAAGCAAUUCAAGUACCCAUUAAACCUCUUUACCUUUAGGAGACUGCAUCCGGCUACUUUUCUUCAAUAACCUUUUAUGUCUCUUUCUUUGAAAUAUUUUUCUAUAUUCGACCAGAGGGUUAUUAGCGAAAUCCUUAAUUGUCUUUAUAUUUUGAACAAACAUUUGUAGAAGAGAUUAGUUUUUUUUUUUU